AUUGGAUAUUUUAUUGAAAGCACGUUCAUUAAUAUUAUGUUUAUCAUAUGUUGUUGCAUAUACGAUAUUAUUCUAUGUUGAAUUGAAACAAAUAUCCAAAAUACUUUUAUGUAAAGAUCAUUUAUUAUUAAAUAAUCAUCGUAUCAAUCAAUUUAUUUAUCAUCAUCAUCGCCUAUUUGAACGUAUUAUGAUUGUUGAUCGGGUAUUGUCGAAAUCAUUUUUUUGGUUUAUGAUUGCAUCAUUACCAAUCAAUAUUUAUUUAUCAGCAUGGUUAUUAACACAUUUAAAAUUUAUAAUUAAUCAACAACAACAACAAUAUAUUCAUCAUCGUCCAUCAUUUAUACAUUAUUCAUUAGCAAUAAUGAUUGUUAUUGCAACAUUAUUAGGUGUUUUCAUUAUACAUUAUAUAUUAGCAUUAUAUCCAAUUGCAAUACAUGAUAAAUCUGGUAUAAAACGUUUAUUAUAUUUAGAAGCAAGACGAAGACGUUUAUUAAUACGUUAUUAUCAACAAAAACCAUAUCAACAACAACAACAACAAUCGAAUAGGAAAAAAAUCAAAAUCAAAUAUAAUCUACGUAAACAUUUAAAACAAGUUAAUUAUAUUUCAAAAUUUCAUGUUAAAAAUCGUUAUGGUUUUACUUAUUCACAUACCGGUUUGAUAACAAUGAAUUCAUUUUUUCGUUCACUGAUGAUUUAUGUAAAAGUUUUGAUUUUAGUUUAUAAAUUACUUUCAUCAUAAAUUUAUUCUGAUUAUUAUAAUAUUUUUGUAAUUUUAAAAUUAAAAAAAACUAAUUAAAAAACAAAUUUUCGAAAAUC